AUGAUAAACCCGGUGGCGAGGAAUCUUCUAAUAAAGAGAUUCUAUCAGCCAAACUUGAAAAGAGCUCCGCCGACUUCUUUGCUUUUGAAGCAGAAAAUACGUUUGGCCCAAAAUGUUAACAAUACGUCCAAGGAGAACCCCAUUUCAUUCUCACAGACAGUGUCCGAGAUAUUUAGUGUCUUGCAACCAAGUGCACCAGACCUAGACGAGGACAAAACCAUUGGUUUGAAACGCGAUCACCUAUUAACUGAACGUCUAAACAACGGCGAGCUUGGUCUCAUUAUAAACAAAUUCUUCAAUCCAUCUUUGUCACAUAAUAAUCACUUAAUAGAUACGGAUAUAUUACUUCAAAAAUUUCCCAAGCUAAAUGACAAUGAUUUGGAUUUAUUGAAUUUUGCAAUAAAUGAAAGAAUGCAAGGAGAUUGGAAGAAUCUAAAGCAUAAUUUUAUCCAGCUAUGGUAUUACAAUGCAUUUGGCUUUCUUGGACCUCGAAGUUUAUUUAUCCGAGCAAACUCUUCCUCGCCGCUAAAGUCCCAAUUCUUGCAACUUCCAUUCAUCGAAUAUAAUUGGUUACUUCUACAAAAUAACAAAAAUGUAAAUCUAUUACCUGCUGAUGUGCAAAAAGUGGUCAAGGUUUUUCAGCUCGACGGCAAAAGGUUUACUUGGAAAAGCAUAGAUCCAUUCAGUAAGGCCAUAAUUUCAUUUGUCGUUUUUGUUUCCAUAUUUGUGUGGUUGGAUGAAAGUACAAAACAGAAAACUAAGGAGCCACCUACACAGAACAGCACCGCAAUUUCAGCGUGA